GACACCGUUGGAAGCGCUUGCAAUAGUCCCGAUUCAGGUUUUUGUGCCGGCAUCCCAAACAACCACUGAGACAGAUUUUGAACCAACCCCUAUGCUACAGAUUGAAGGGACUACAGAAACCACUCCUGAAACCCCCAAACAACUUCAAGAGACCACACCCACGGUUCCCCCAGCUCCAACUAAAAUUCAUCCAGACGCAGAAGACGCUGCUGCCAUGUUGAUGAUGGCACGGACAGUACCCUAUGUUCCUAAAACAGAUCCAGGGGUGCCAUCAUUCAGCCUUGGAUUGACUGAUUCGAGCCAGGAGGGGGCGUCAACGCAGGAGACAGAAAGGGCAAAAUCUCCUGAAUCUGCAAAUUUGAUAGAAGAAUUGGACAAUUUGGUCCAAAAAAUAGCAAGCAGUGCGGCGAAGGGGAAGAACAAAAGUCCACAAAUUCAGAGGGAGACUGGGGGAGAAAGUUCUGCAAAGUUUCGAACUCCUGGGGGAUUAUAUCAGAUUACGGAUGAUAUGAAACAAAAGUGCUACAUCUGGGGGACGAGACUGAAGGAAGAUGCAGAUGGCAAUACUAACGAGUAUGAGGAAAUGUGCACUCUGAUUGGCCAAGGAAAAUACAUUUUGAUGAGAAUGCACCUUGUAUCCCCCCAGGCAAAAAGUGAUAUAGAAUCUCAGUGCAUGGCACUUUCGGAUCACCCAAAGGGGGAAUUCGUAUCACCGAAAACAGAAAAGAAAUUCAGGGUGGAAGCCUACCCGAGAUAUGUAUUUUCAAGAUUGAUAACAUAUGCCGGCGGGGAACCUCUGCAGAAAGGGGAGAACGAGAAGAAAAUUAAAUAA